GAAGCCACCAAGGAGGACCCUGUCCAGAAGGAGCUCGAGGCCAAGAAGAAGGAGGUCGCCGAUGUCACGGACAAGUGGAAGCGUCAGAUCGCCGAAUACCGCAACUUGCAAGAGCAGACCAAGCGUGAGGUCCGCGCAGCCAAGGAUUUUGCCCUCCAGAGUUUCUCCAGAGACCUGCUCGACAGCAUUGACAACCUCGACCGUGCCCUCUCGGUUGUUCCCAAGGAGAAGCUUGACGGCAGCAACAAGGACCUUCUCGACCUUCACUCUGGUCUCAAGAUGACCGAGACUAUCCUCAUGAACACACUCAAGAAGCACGGCCUCGAGAGAUUCGACCCCAGCGCUGAGAGCGACAAGUUCGAUCCCAACAUGCACGAGGCCACAUUCCAGACACCCCAGCCUGACAAGGAGGACGGCACCGUCUUCUUCUGCCAGUCCAAGGGCUUCAAGCUCAACGGCAGAGUCAUCAGACCCGCCAAGGUUGGUGUUGUCAGAAACUCAUGA